UUUCCCACCUCUUUGCGAAAAUUUUCUUUUUCCUCCUCCUUCUCGCCAAUUGACAUAGCCAGAGUCAACUGCGCAGAUUCCGCCGUCAAGAUGAAGAGAAAGGCGGAAGGCUCUGCCAGAAAAGCAGCCGGCAGCAAGAAGCCCAAAACCUCCAUCAGCCCAGAAGAUGCAAAGAAGCGCUUCCGCAAGGGUCUCUUCGACGACUCCUCCUCGCCGUACAAGCACGCCGUCAUCCACGAGCUGGUCGACGACAAGCUCCUCCGGUCGGUUCGAGACGAAAUCCGCGAAAACAUCCACCAGUCCGGCGACCUGGCCAACCUCGACGGCCUGGACGACGAGUCCCUCGCCAAGCUGCCCUCUCUGCUCGCCCUCCGCGAUGCCAUCUACUCCGAGACGUUUCGAAACUACACGGACAUGGCCAUCAACAUCUACACCCCGGGCUGCUACCUGCUCUGCCACGACGACGUCAUCGGCAGCAGGCGAGUCAGCUACAUCCUCUACCUGACCGAUCCCGACACGCCCUGGAAGCCCGAAUGGGGCGGCGCACUGCGCCUGUUCCCGAUCCAGGAGAUCAAGAACAAGGACGGCGAGAUCGCCAAGACGCCGCUCCCGGACCCCGUCAAGGUCAUCCCGCCGGCCUGGAACCAGCUGAGCUUCUUCGCCGUCCAGCCCGGCGAGAGCUUCCACGACGUCGAAGAGGACGGCGGCCGCGUGCGCAUGGCCAUCAGCGGCUGGUUCCACAUCCCGCAACUCGGCGAGGACGGAUACAUCGAGGGCGAGGAGGAGAGGAACGCAAAGAACAGCGGCCUCAUGCAGCUGCAAGGCAAUCCCGCCCAGUAUGACGCGCCGCAGGCAAACCCCGUCAAGUUUGGAGAAGAGGACCUUGAGUUUCUGCUGCAGUACAUUGCGCCGACGUAUCUCACGCCGGAUACGCUGGAGCAAGUGUCCGCGCACUUUGAGGAGAACUCGAGCAUCACGCUUGCAGACUACAUCGAAGCACAGGAGAGGGCCACCCUCCCCGAGAAGAGCUCGGAGAUUGAGGAGUCCACCUCGUGGAAACCUUCUGCGUCAGGCGAGUUGCUUGACAAGCUCUUGCCUAGCCGCUGCACCAUCGAGAGCCACGACGUCCUGGCCCGGCGAUUCCGUCGCGGGAUGGACUACACCCUCGCCACGGGCCACGAGGGCAAGCCACGUCUGGAGCUCAAUCUAGGCCUCACUCCGACACCGGGCUGGGGGGACACCAACGACGAAGACGACGAAGACGAAGGAGACGAAGAAGAGGCAGAAGAAGCCCAAACGAAACCCAACGGGAAGAAGAGCACUGAAGAACCGGAGGACGAGCCGGUAGAAGUCGGCGGGCACGAAGAUGCCGCGGUGUACAAGUCUAGCGGAGAUGAUGACAACAUCUUGUUCUUCCAGGCGGCGGCCGGCGCGCUCAAGUUUGUCAAGUACGUUAGCAGGAAGGCGAAUGGGGACCGGUGGGACAUUUCUGGUGUUUUUGAGGUGGAAGAGCAAGAGGAAGGUGAUGACGAAGAGGAUGGCGAUGACGACAGAGAAGAGGAAGAUGAAGAGGAGGAAGAGGAGGAAGAGGAGGAAGAUGGUGACGACGAGGAAGAGUCCUUUCAGGGGUUCUCGGAUUAGACAAAAGCAUCGGGUAAACUAAAUGCUGUAGAGAUUGUAUUUUUACAUUUCAUCUAAUAUGGCCUCUUGAAGAGGCAGGGUAUCCAAAUUAAAUUCGUCCCAAUUGUGCUCC